GCGUCCUCCUCAUCGCUCUCGGGGUUGGCUUCUCCUCCCCUUCCGGUUCGGGUUCCUGGUUCGGUUCGGGUUCGGUUCGGUUCGGGUCCGAGAGACAGUAGCUAGCCUAGCCUAGGGUUUUCGUAGGAGGAGAAGGAGAGGAGGAGAUCCAUGGCGGAGACGGAGUACCGCUGCUUCGUGGGCGGCCUCGCCUGGGCCACCGACGACCACAACCUCCAGGCCGCCUUCAGCCAGUACGGCGAGAUCCUCGACGCCAAGAUCAUCAACGACCGUGAGACGGGGAGGUCGCGCGGGUUCGGGUUCGUGACGUUCGGGAGCGAGGAGUCGAUGCGCCAGGCCAUCGAGGAGAUGAACGGCAAGGAGCUCGACGGGCGCAGCAUCACCGUCAACGAGGCCCAGUCCCGCCGCUCCGGCGGCGGGGGCGGCGGCGGCGGCGGCUACGGCGGCCAGCGCGGCGGUGGCGGAGGCUACGGCGGCGGUGGCGGCUACGGCGGCCAGGGAGGUGGCUACGGCGGCCAGGGAGGCGGUGGCUACGGCGGCCAGGGCGGUGGUGGCUACGGCGGCCAGCGCGGCGGCGGCGGCGGCUACGGCGGUGGCGGCGGUGGUUACGGCGGCGGCGGUGGCGGCUACGGCGGCCAGCGCGGCGGCGGCGACUCCGGCGGCCAGUGGAGGUCCUGAGCGCCGGACCCCGUCUCAUCGCCCAGUUAUCCAUCCAUCUAUCGUCUACCGUCUUCGUCAGCAAGUUAUCUAUCUUCGGUGUGUCAGUCUGAGUCGUGUUUGUGUGUCUGUCCGGUCCUGUGGUGUUUUUGAUCGCGAGCUCGAGUGGUCUCUGUGUUACGCGAGGAAGAAACAACAUGUCUUAUCUUUCAGUCGGUCGGUCUGUCGUCGGUGAUGCAGCAAUCCCUCUUCCUGUCUUGGACUGUAAUUGGGAUGUGAUGUUGGUGAUCCUAUGUUUGAACUCGGUUUGAAUCGAUGAAGAAAAAUGCAAGUCAUAGCUGCGAAAAA